UUUAGACAUGCCCGUCCACAAGCUUCAAAGUUGGCACUCACAUCCAACGCUGUACACCCUCGUAAGACUGUGACCAGGUCUUCCAUUUGCCUGUUGCCUUACACUUGAAGCUCACCGCCUGAAAGAAUACGCUGUGGGCUCUGACACCUAGAGAAUGAAGUUACUAGACGUGAAAGCCGUUCUCGACCGGGAAACCAACAUCCAGCACGCCGAUCCUGAACGUGAAGUCCUAAGGGAACUUGAUGUCAAAGGCACUCGUUAUGCGAUACUGUCGCAUCGCUGGGGCGACGAGGUCGGUUACGAAGAGAUGACUGGGCUGAUGAAGAUGGAGGAGCAUAAGAGGAACAAGGUCAGGCAGCGUGACGGCUACCAAAAGAUCAUCUGGAGCUGUAAGCAAGCGAUGAAGGAUGGCUACAAGUGGUUGUGGAUUGAUACCUGCUGUAUCGACAAGCGGAGCAGUUCUGAACUGUCGGAGGCCAUUAAUUCGAUGUAUCGGUGGUACCAAAAUGCACAUGUGUGCUAUGCGUACCUCAGCGAUGUUGGCCACUCGGUCUUCUCUAUUGAACGAGAUUCCGGCAAGUUUGGAGAGCUCUAUGGUUGGUCGGAAUGGUUCAUGCGAGGCUGGACGCUGCAGGAACUCAUUGCACCUAAGCAAGUCGAAUUCUUCAACAAGCACUGGACGCCUAUUGGCAGCAAGCAUCGCCUUGCUCCCACAUUGGAGGAAAUCACAGGAAUUCCUUGCGAAGUUUUGACAGGUGGCUUGGCUGCGAAGCGUCUCUGUGUCGCACAAAUCAUGUCGUGGGCAGCUGACCGGAAGACGACACGCGUGGAAGAUCGAGCAUACUCGCUGAUGGGGCUGUUCAAGGUUAACAUGCCGAUGUUGUACGGCGAGGGGGAGAAGGCAUUUCAGAGGUUACAGCUGGAGAUCAUUCGCGUAUCCAGCGAUCACAGCAUAUUUGCAUGGGAUCCCUUGGGAAUGAUUCGGCGGUCGGGCAGUGUCCUGGCAGACGAUCCGAGUGACUUCCGGUAUUGUGGCAACAUCAAAAAGGUGGAACCCGGUGAAUUCGUCGACAGACUAAUGGAGGAGACCGAAGAGAACGAACUUGGCAGCCCCUGGUACAUCCGGCGUGGCUCCUCAGAGAUCUCGACCAACCCAGUACACUGGUGCAGACUUGCUUGGUUGAGAUGGCGUGCCCGAUCGCUCAGCCAGCAAUUCCGCACGUUCUCUGUCAACAAUGCAGGUAUCCAAGUGUGCCUUCCUGUCAUUCCCCUUCCCGACUCUCCAUGUCAUUUCAGGGCGAUACUGGCAUGUGGUUAUGGUUUCGGUCUGUUCACCAUCGAUUUGGUACUCUCUGGAUCCAGCUUUGACAGGACCUUUCGCAUCGCGGAAACUCCCAAGACAUAUCCAGCAUUCAAGACACUCUAUCUUACUCAUCAUCAGGAGGCCAAUAUUGUGAUGCACCGAGAAUUUGUACUCGACGACAAGCAUAGCUCGUACCAUGGAUUCACGCGCUGCGGCACCUACCCACGCGAAUUUACAGGGGACACUGUCACACUUUCGUCCCACACAGAUGAUCUCAUCGUCAUAGUCUACGCCAACGACGAUGCUAGAUCUCGAUUUGCAGUGGGCCUUGGAUACUGCUUCGGCAAAGGAUGGGUGCACCUUGUCUAUGACGAAUGCGCUGUACCUCACGAGGUCAGCUGGACGCAAUGGUCAGACUUUGCUAGUAGCGUAUAUCAGCGAUUGUGGAAAGCACGCGCAGAACAUGCUCGAAGUAUGCCCAAACAAGAACACGACGCUGAUCUCCGCAGCGACCACUUUAUCAAGCAUGCCCACCUUCCCCGAUCAAUUUGGGCCGCCAGGGUAAUCUGGGGUAGGUGGGAGGCGGACAAUUACAAGCUUAUGAUCGAUAUUGACCAAUGUCCUGGUUGUUGUGAUGGGCCACGCGGAUGGACAACUACAUCUAGUUAUUGCGGUGGCCUUGGUACGCCGGGGCUUGUGGAUAUGAAUUGCUAUUCAUAUUGGUUGAGACUGGAUGGCCGGCGGGUCCAGUUUGAUGAGUGUUCUGGUCAACGGAUUGCGAUGGUGAUUUCAAAUCUGCCGGAAAUAUAUUUGAGGAUAUGGGGACCCUUGGCAUUGAUCUCACAGACUCACAUUAUCGCCCUGUGGUCUGCCGUGUCUCCAGCCUCGAAUGGCCAAUACCUCGCAUGGAGAAUCCAGUUGAUGUUGCUGUGGCGCAUCAUACUGAGGGCAAUCCCCUAGCUCUGCGUCAACCAAAGGGCCUCACACUUCCUGAAAAUGAACAUUUUGAGCUGCUCCUGAAGGACUUAGCCAUCCAUCUUGCAGGAAAACAUUUGGUGAUAUCAAUUGUACAGUGUUCGGGUGUAUAUGGAGUUGACGGUCACAAAGAGCAAAUGGAUCCAAGGGACAGUGAGUUUUCUGCAACAAUGGUUCCCUGCUCACCGUUGACUUGAUUAGACUCAGCACUGGACACCAAUAACCAUUCCACAGAGCCUGGGGUUUUGACUCCGCUAUGCACCAUUGCGACCCCACAAGUUUGGCAAAGAGAACUGCCUUGUGUGCAGAGAAGGA